AUGCCUCCCAAGAAAGAGAAAAAGGAGCACCUUGCCGGUGAUCAAGCCAAUGAGCUGAUCAUCGACUACCUCCGUCAACAGAACCGACCAUAUUCUGCUACAGCUGCUGCGGCAAAGAUAUUGAAAGAGCUCCACGAGAAAGGAGAAAUCGAGGGAAGAGCUUCUGGAAAGCAGAUAGUAUAUCACGCUAUCCAGGACCCUAAUGAUUUUGCGAGUACAGAAGACCUGAAGGCUAUGGACGAGAAGAUUACAGGUACCAAGCUCAAGAUAGUCAAGGUGAAAGCUGAGCUCAAGUCACUCCAAGGCACCUUGAAUACGCUCAAAGCAGCACCUACGGUUUCCUCACUCUGUGAGACUGUUGGUGUCCUUGAAACCGAGAUUCAGAGGCUUGAGUCUUCCCUGAAGCCUAUUAGAGCAGGCCCCAUCAAGUCUAUUUCUGCUAGUGAAAAGGCUGCCAUGGAUGUCGAGUAUGUCAGGCUUGAGACGCUGCUGAGGCGGAGAAAGAAGACGUUCAAGGAAUUCUGGGGGACAAUUUGUGAUGGCUGCGGGGAUUUGAACCCCAGUGACCUUUGGGAACGCCUAGGUUUGGAAGGAGAUCCUUGA